AUGCCUCCAAAGAUGCCUCGACUCGACGACUUGCUUGCCCUCCUGGAAGUGUACUUUGCCCCAGAGAUGGGGGUCCUUCCAGGAGGGACGGCGACCAAGGCAGAGCUUGAGGCACAACUUCGUCCUCCUCCCGUCUUCGUCCUCCUCCCAAAUCCCCGCCUCCCACCUCCUGCCGCCGCAUUGGGUGGAUCGGCCGUCGUCUCUCGUCAUCGCCGUCUUGAGCGGCUUUUUUGGGCCUCCCAGACUUCCACCCGCCACGACCUCCCAGAAAAGCGUGAGGUGACACUGCUUCUAUGCACGCCAUUCGACUGCAAACUUCCUGCCCUUCUAGUGCCAAAUUUGCCUACCGACGUCGACUUUGACUUCCCUUCGGCGCCUCCCUGCUAUAACUCGAAGCUAGUCAGCCUUCAACAGGCUUCUCUCCUUUGCUGGCGCUUUCAUUGGCUUCGCCUGACCUUUGAGAUUUCCGCCUCACCGGCUUCUCCUCUCCCCUGCCGACUCUGUCAUCCCUUCGAAGGUGCUGUCUCUGCAACCUUUCCCUUCCCACCACUUGAGCCUACCAGUUUCAUCGAGUGUCGCCACUUUCGCCUCUCCUUUGAGGAUACUCUUUUGCCCUGCUGA